AUCGUAAUACUUCGUGUCUUAAAAUGUGAAAUGAAUAAUACAGGUAAGAUAAAGCCAAUAUAUUAAACAUCCAAUGAAAUCCGGUACUAUACAGCACAAAAUGCAAUCUACUAUAAGAAAGGAUCAGCGAUUGUCCAUAAGCCGGUCAACCGAAAACUUGACCAUUAGCUCUAUUAGUGGAGAAAGACAACCUAAGUUCUUGUAUAUGGAAUCGGAAACGAGUAAUGUACGACAGUACCCGAGAGGUUCCGAACAAGUCUCGCUUAGCUUUUCAGAUGUGGAAGAUACAAAACUACCAGUGCGAUCGGAUGUUGUAAAAGAGGGAUACAUGUAUCUGUAUAAAAAUGCCGAAAUUAUUUUGAGGGUCUGGGUGGCGCUGGGAACUCACAAGAUCUAUCUAUACUCUUGCGUAACGGAUAUUCUGCCAAUGGAUGGUUUUCAUCUCUCCAGUUGCGAAAUUGAAACAUCAACACUCGACAACUACGAACCAAGUGGUGGAUUCUUCCCAUUGCGUAUAGUUAAAGAGGGACAGAAUCUACUCUGUUUGUAUACAAGAACUUCUGAAGACCAUAAGGAUUGGAAGGAGGCCCUAAGCUCCUGUGUUCAGUCGUGUUCUUUAAACAUGGAAGGAUUGAAUUUGGAGUAUGGUGAUAUGAAAAGAAGAACAGAAUUUCGUAGAUGCAAGGGUGGCCUUCAGACGGAAGAUGAUACCUUAAAUAAAAAACUAGAGCUCCUGAAGGAAUUAUUGAAGCAGAAGAGAGAUAUAACGGACAGAAAACGUCGGUGUUUUACCAAAAUGCAGAGCUCCGAAGAAACAUCUUUUUCUUCUUCUCACCAGGAGGCUUUACAAAGAGCAACUCAUUUACGACAGCGGAAAAUAUCCACUCAGUUGAAGGUAGAGAUGGACACCCUCCAAAAACAUCUUCAAGGCAACAAGAAAUCUCCACCUCAUAAUAUCCACAAUAUUCCUCAGGUUCAUCAACACUUCCAGGAACAACUAAUCGAAUUAAAUCGAACGUUAAAGAAGAUCGACGAUAACCUGGGAAAAACCAAACGUGAGCUCGGAGCGACUUUUGGAGAUCUGGAUAUCAAAACAAGCAAUACCUCUCACGUUAAGCCUACAAUGGAGUCCAACAGCGUAAAAAAUCCUUGUAAACGAAACCCAAUCGAAUCAUACCAGGACAAACUACCCAAGAUUCACAUUUCUAAAUCGAUAGACGACUGUAGGGAUGUGUCUCUCAAAGGCAAAGUUGCCAAACUGAUUUAUUCGCCAAAAUUCCGCAAAAAGUUGAGGACAGAUGGCGUCAAAACAACGGAAUCUUUCCCUUCGUUGCCUCAUGUUGUUAAAAGCUCAUCAAAAGACAAAGAAACUGAGUAUAUAAAUGAUUCCAAAGAAGGGAGAAGUAGGCCACAGACAACGAAGACUAGACGAAGUCCAUUGCGCAAGCUCGGUAAUUACAUGGAACUUCAAAUUCGAGGAAGAAUUAUAUCACACAGGAGGAACAAAUCUGCAGAACGCCCUUUUGAAAGACCCAGGGAAGACCAUUACAGGCCGAGAUCAUCUUCAAAUGAAGAUCUGCUUUACAAAGGCAAUGGCAAUUCUGCCACGAAAACCACAGAGGACUUUGGUAAUGAUGCACAAUACGGAAACUCCGGGAAACACGAAGAUCCCGAACAACAAAAGUCCAGGACCACAAUAACUCGUGACGAUAAUAUUAACAAGAAAGAAAGUAUUGAGAAGGAAACGACUGAUGUACGGACUGAAAUCAACCCUGAUGUUAUGGCAGAAAUUGAAGCUUUCGAACAGUUGACACAAGAUUAUUUUCUUACUCAAGAACGCCAUGUACAUUAGUCUGACAGUGAACAAAUGAAUUUGAAAGUUUUCCUCGAGCUGUAUGUUGACCGUGAUCACAAGUUUCGGUUUUUCAACUUUAGUCACUUAGCACGAGUACUGUACGAGGUCGUUAAGUCUGGAACUUCAUACGUAACCUGGUAAAAUGAGAUGAUUAAGGUCUACAAAUAAUUGUUUAUUUUGUACAGAUUAUGAAGCAGUAAGAUAGUGCCAUGGAUUAUUAUAAAGUAACCAUGGAAGUCUGAAAAACGAACAAAGAACAGACUCUUCUUUAGUGGGGGGUUUCCGAUAUACAAUAAACCACCACUUCAUGCUUUAGUGGGGGUUCCUUAUAUACAAUAAACCACCACUUCAUGCUUUAGUGGGGGUUCCUUAUAUACAAUAAAUCACCACUUCAUGCUUUAGUGGGGGUUCCUUAUAUACAAUAAAUCACCACUUCAUGCUUUAGUGGGGGUUCCUUAUAUACAAUAAAUCACCACUUCAUGCUUUAGUGAAGGUUCCUGAUAUACAAUAAACCACCACUUCAUGCUUUAGUGGGGGUUCCUGAUAUACAAUAAACCACCACUUCAUGCUUUAGUGGGGGUUCCUGAUAUACAUUAAAUCACCACUUCAUGCUUUAGUGGGGGUUCCAGAUACACAAUAAACCACCACUUCAUGUAUAUGUUUUGGACAACAGCUAACUAGCCGCUUAUUAUUAUUAUUUUAUGAAUUAUCACAAUACAAAUAGUAAUAACAAUGCAAUAAAACGCAACAUUUAGUUUAACCUUUGGCCUUACAUCUUUCAGUGGUAGGAAAUUUGUACCCCCCUCCCCAAAAUUAAACUGUAUUUAACUUUCA